GUACGUAGCUUUCCUAAAAGCCUACGAGCGUCCUAUUUUGGACCAACAUUGGUGCUUUCAUUGAGAGCCUCUAUUGUUUCUCUCAUCACUCUAGUAGGAAUUUUCAGAAAAAUGUGUGAAAAUCGAAGGUUUCUAGCAGUUUUUUUCCAGGUUUGUAAUCCAAAAUCUGGAAAUAGAAUGAAAAAAUAUAGUCGGGUAGUGCAAUGGCUAUCUGGAUCUAAGCCAGUGAUCGGCGUCCACACAGGAGGUCCCGAAAGUUAUCUGCCAAAAGAAACAAAAUCAACAAAACUGGGAUUUCAGAAACCGUCGAUGAUGUCAGCUAUGUCUCAGUCACCGGAGAUGGAAUUUUAGAACUGGGGUUUUCCGGUGCUAAGUCGGAGAUGUCCUCAUCGUCCCGGUUUCCGCCACUCGCCAGCUCCCCACCCAUUCUCGGGUCUGAGCCGAAACUGCCUCGCACCGUCCGCUGCAGGUCGCUCCGCCAUCUUUGUCAUACCGCUGUUGGCGUCGCACCUGGUCUCCUUUGCGACUCGAUGGUAAGAACUUGAAUCAUGACGAGGAUUGACCUUAAGCAUCCGCCAUUAAUGGAUCCUAAGAGCUCCAGGAGUGACAUAUCGUGGACAAGUGCACCCCUGUGGAGAUGGAACUCCCAUGUCUGUCUGUCGCCGCCUGAGGAACCUUCGCCGGUGUUGCCCGAGUCCUAGCGAACUCGCCCCUCGUUGAUUUCGCCCAGCCGCUGGUGGCCUGGUGCUGCCUGAUGAAGAUUUGUUGUCUCCGGCCUCAGUCGAUGCAGUGUUGUGCCCUUAAUGAUUGAGGCUCCAAAGGGUAAGCUAUAGUAGUUGUAUGCUACUGCCCACUCGCCAAACGUGAGAGCCGCCAAAGGCUAGGUCAAAAUUGUUAGUGGAGCUACCCAACUGCUAUUUCUUUAUCAGCCAACGCAGGCACACAACCCAUUCAGUGUUGAGCCCAAUUCAAAAAAGCUAAGUAUCCAAAAAUCCACUAUAUUUUGAUACAAAAAAAAUAUUACAAAAAAAAAACAUAAAUUGAAUCAUUUGAAAAGAUAUUUUAAGUGGUGUAAUUGCUUUAACUCUUGUUGAGUGUGUGUAAUUUUAACAUUGAAAAAUGGACUUAUGAAAUCCGAUCACUCACGUACACCGGACGAGCACACACACUCGUACAAUGGCCGAGCACACACACUCGCGCCACCGGGUCAUGUCAUAUGGGUGUGGCGAUUAAUAAGCUCCAAUAUAAAUGUUAAUACCUCACACUCUUGACUUCUUACGGGUUCUUGUGUGCUCUUACCUCUUCCUAGUGCAUCACACUCCGACCUCGGGGGACGAGUCAUCCGUUCAAAAGUCUUUACUUGCGGGUUCGAACUACUAACCUCGGGCGGCGAGUUAAACUCUUGUUAGGGGCCUAGAGCCACGCUUUUCCGAGCAAUUUUGUCACUUAAUUGACGUUCACAUUUCUCGAAGAGGUUGAUAUACUUUAGUUCUCUGGGGUUGGAUUAUCCGUUCGAGUGAGGAGUCCGCCUCACUUACUCGCGGAUUCAAUCU